GCUUCUAACCCUUCUUAUCCCCUCUCGCGCCCAAAACCUCAUAACAUCACAACACAAGCCACGUUUCCUAACUCGGUUACUUUGACUCGGAACGAUUCUCUAAAUUUGAGUAACUCGGAGCGAUUUUCUCUUUUUUUCCUUUCGAUUUUCUCCUUCUUCGUUCGUCAUGCCGAAGGCUAAAGCUGAUUCCAAACCCGCUGAUAACAGGUUAAAGCGCAAAGGCGCAGGAACCGGAACGAAGCAGUCGAAGAAAGCUGCUAAGGAUCCUAACAAGCCAAAGAGGCCUCCGAGUGCUUUCUUCGUUUUCAUGUCUGACUUCAGAGAACAAUAUAAGAAGGAUCAUCCUAAUAACAAAUCCGUCGCCGCUGUCGGUAAAGCUUGCGGAGAAGAAUGGAAAUCGUUGUCUGAUGCUGAUAAGGCUCCCUAUGUUGCUAGGGCAUUGAAGAAGAAAGCAGAGUAUGAGAAAAAUGUUCAGGCUUACAAUAGGAAACAGGCGGGAAUAGAGGAGGAAGAUGGUUCUGACAAGUCGAAAUCUGAAGUUCAUGAUGAGGAUGAAGAGGAGGAGGACGAUGAUGAAGAUGAUGAUGAGUGAAGUUGCUGUUACACGUGAUGAAUCUUAGGAGAAAAUUGGGGAAAAAAUAUUUGUUUUGCUUAGGUUGGGGUUAUAAUAUGUUGUGAUGUAACCAACCCACUUUUAUUAUCUGAUGAUAGUUUAUGAAUUUUUAUUGUCUUGUUGUCUAGGUUUAGAUAGUGAACAAUCCUAAUUACGGUUCAGUAUCAUUAUCCUGUACUUAAAGUCAAUGCUAUGAUACGUUUCAAUUCUGUUCA